AUGCCCGAGAAACCAGCCACGAUAGCAGCCUACGCUGCUGGGGCGUCUCUGGCUGCCAUCACCCUCUUCUACGUGUUCGGACCCAAUUUCACGAUUGACGGCGAAGAUUCCAACAUUAGCGGACGCAAGAAGGGCAUCGUUGGCCUGUCCAACCCGGCCAAUGACUGCUUUAUCAACUCUGUUCUACAAGCCCUGGCGGGCCUAGGCGAGCUGCGAGUAUACCUCAUCCGCGAACUACAUAAGCGAGACCUCGAAGGCGCUGAGAUAUACGAUGCCUUGCCACCGGCAGAGGACCUCAGGGCCGGUCAGGAUGCGGAGAAGGUGCAGAAGCUGCAGCUUGCGCCGGUUACCAGGGCGCUGAAGGAUAUGCUUGACGGGUUGAAUGAGCGGCCGAUAUACAAGAAGACCAUAUCUGCGAGGGCCUUUGUGAUUGCUCUGGAACUCGCUUUUCGAACGAGGAUAAGUAGGAGUCAGCAGGAUGCGCAGGAGUUCUUGCAGGUCGUGGUUGAGCGGCUGUGUGAUGAGUAUCAUGCCGGUGAGAGGGCGAGGAAGCGAGCGCUAAGAAACAAGCUCGCCGCUGCUUCUACCUCUUUACCCAUGGCCGGUGGCAGUGAGGAGCUGUCGAAGGAAGAGAUCGACGGCGAGGAUGCGAGUGCUGCCAUGCCCAUGAUAGAGCUCGCCCAUGCUGGGUCUGAUACCGAAUCAGAGAACGGCUUCCCGCUCGAAGGAAUGCUCGAAUCCCAGAUUGAAUGCCAGCACUGCAAAUACAAGUAUAAACCGAAGCAGACAUCCUUCGUCAACCUGACCCUACAAGUGCCCCAGAAGAGCUCGGCGACUUUGAGCUCCUGUUUCGACGGGCUUCUAAAGACGGAAUUCAUUGACGAUUUUCGCUGUGAGAGAUGCCAGCUCGUCUAUACCCUUGAGCAGAAAGUUAAGGCCCGAUCCCGCACCUCGUCAGAAAAGACACGGGAGUUACUGGGUAACGAGAUAGCGCUUCUUAAGAAUGCUAUUGAAAACGACCCCGAAAUCAUCCCCGAGGGCGUCACCAUGCCCAGUCCGUCGGAAGUGCCUCGCCGCAAAAUAGCAAAACACAUGCGAAUUACAGUGUUUCCCAAGGUGAUUGCUAUCCAUCUCUCCAGGUCAAUAUUCGACCAUGCUUUCUCUACCAAGAAUGCAGCCAAGGUUUCAUUCCCCGAACGUCUAGCCCUGGGUGGUAUCCUCGAGAAGAAAUGGUACAAACUGCUUGCCAUUGUCUGCCACAAGGGAAGCCAUAACAGCGGCCACUACGAGUCCUUUAGACGGAACCACGUCUACGCGCCCUUUUCAACACCGGAUGCUUUCCGUUCAUACGCUCAAAGCCGGUCACAGAGCCAGAAUCCAUCUACGUUCCCCAGUCCUCGCAUGAAAUCCUCCUCCUCAUCAAAACAAGCCACAGACGACAUCACCCCCUUGAACAUAUCGCCCAUCUCCAGAUCCCCAUCUACCACUACAUCAACAUCUUCAUUCCCAGCCGCAGCAGGCACGCCCACAGACGCCACUACGACGUCCUCUAUACCUUCCCGGCCUGCCUCAGGUCAGGCGCAGUCGUCUGCACCACACCUAUCUCCCCAACAACCUCGCUCACAGUCACAGUCACAUUCCACGUCAGACACCCAGUCAGGUGUCCCAGAUAGAGCACCUUCUACCUCCUCGUCUUCUGCCAGACGGCACAUAGACGCAGCGCUACCUGGGGACCUUCUCUCGCCAAAGCGGGAUUCAGCCUCCACCAGGAGGAGCAAGGCACCUACCCCUUCUCCUGACUCGCCACGGCCAUCAACAUCGUCUAGGUUCAGAUGGAAGAAGAAACCAAACGAACGUUGGUGGCGUAUCAGUGAUGAGAAAAUCAGGGAGUGUAAGACAGCCGACGUUUUGAACAUGCAGAAGGAGGUUUAUCUAUUAUUUUACGAGCUGGAGCGACCUAGCGAUGAGGCAUGA